AUGCUUCCUCCCAGUCUGACCUGGCCCGGAUUUGGGAUUCAGGAUCCAGGAUUCAAGAAGGCAGAGUGGGCGGGUCUGCCACCCGCAGGCAGGCCGGGAUGAAAUAUUCAUUUUGACACCCUGGGGUGGUGUCUGGCCAGGCCCCAGCCCCAGGGCCUUUAUAAAGAGCAGCUGGGUGCAGGUGCAGAGCCCACAGCCUGAGGCCGGGGACAGAGGACCAGGGAGACCUGAGUGUGAACACCCACCACACCCCGCAGACACCUGGCAAGAUGGGGACCCACCUGGUGCUGGGACUGACCGUCUGCAUCUUACUGGGGCCUCUUGUGGGCUCCAUGCCCCUGCAGGAGGAAGAGCCCUACGCGGAGCCGCCGGCCCUGCCCUACUGGCCUUUCUCCACCUCCGACUUCUGGAACUACGUGCUGGAGCUGCAGGCCCAGGGCGCCUACCCCCAGCUGGAGGACCUGGCUCGCACCUUCUUUGCCCACUUCCCGCUGGGGGCCACCCUGGGCUUCCAUGUCCCCUACCAGGAGGACUGAGGGGCCAGGCUGCCCAGCUGCGGGGUGUAGGGGCCUCUCCCCAAUAAACAACAAACU